UUUUAUCAGAGAGAAAGAUGCAUUCACUGUACUUUCUUAAAACAGAUUUACACCAAUCCCAAGGAGCCACAGAGGGUGACUGAGCUGUAUCAGUUCAAAUUCAAGUAUACAAAGGACGGGCCCCAGAUGGACAUCCUCAGCACCAAAAUGAGCUUUGCAAAGGGGGUGAGCAGUGAAGAGAUUAAGAAAGGUAGCAUCCUGCUGAUCCGUAAGCUGUACCUCUUAAUGCAGAACCUCGGGCCCCUUCCCAAUGACAUUAUCCUCACCAUGAAACUCUUCUACUACAGUGAUGUAACUCCUGAUGAUUACCAGCCCCCUGGCUUUAAGGAAGACAGCAGCCCAGAUAACCUGUUGUUUGAUGGAGAUCCUGUCAACCUGAAAGUUGGGUCCAUAUCCACUGGGUUUCAUAUCCUGAAAGUAAGAGUGACAACUGAGAGCAGGAGGAUGAGGACAUUGGGAAGCAGCCUGAUGCAGGAGAACGGCCCUACUGAGAUCUCCCAUCAAGGGCUGGAUUGUGACGAAGAAGAAGAGGGUAUUACCAAGGAGAGCCACGGGGAUCUGGUUACCAGAAUGACAGCCAGUGCCUGUCACAAUCAGAUAUCUGCAGUUAAACUUUCCACCCACUGAUUUCUUAAGCUCUGUUUUCUCUCGGGUAUUUGAGGCGAUUCCUGUACAAUACAAGCCUGACACUGCAGGACAAGUACCAUUCUUGUCAAUUAACACAGGCCCAACUGAAGUCAAAGAACAGGUUAGGCUUGUCAAGCUUAUAAAUGCACACUAAACCCAGAGGAAUCAGACAUUCCAGAACGAACCUUAACAUUGGGGAACCUGUUACAAGCAGCCUUCUGGAGAGCAAAAUAUUUCCAUUUCUGAAAGCUGGAUUGUUGGCAGGUCCAAUACACGUUUUUUAACCAGACACACGAUUCUACUGUAUUUGUGGAAUUUCAACAAGUACUGUUGCAACUGGUGGUGUGAGGAGGAAGAAGAGAGAUCUGAUGGUGAUGACUGGGUGCUGGUGGAUGCUGCAGAUAAAAACGUUGGGUUGCUGUUGGCAUUCACAGAGCAUCUCCAUGGGGAUUGGCGCUUCUGGGGCGGAGAAAAGAGCACUGACUGGUGGGCUGCAUCGUAAUGCAGGUUUGGGACGAUGCAGAACUUUCGCAUGCACAAGGCCAUAUUCCUGGAUCUGUGUGCCGAGCUCAUCCCAGCGCAUGAACACCAAAAGAGAGCUGCAAGGACAGUGGAGAAGCAAGUGGCGAUCACACCUUGGAAGCUUGCAACACCAGAUUGCUAAGAGUCAGUGAGCAGUCAGUCCAGAAAAUCCACAGUGAGGGCCAGUCUCAUCCAAGUGUGCAAAGCCAUUAAGCAUCUCCUGCUCCACAGUACACAACAGCUGUUAGAAGAGCCAACCAUGGAGCUGUAUAGCUAAGGGAGGCCUAAAAAGAGCAUUUAACAGUCAGCUAUAGUGGUGUUGUGUGAUACUUUUAUGAAUUAGUGAGCCUGGUGUGUAAAGAUCUUAAAUAUGUCAAGGUUAUUGACUCCCAUAAUCAACUUUGUAAUGGCUCAUUUAUGCUUAGUAUAAACUAAUAAAUAUUCUCAGAGUUUCCAAAAAUAUAAUUUUAUUGUGUGCAAAGAGACAGGAAACAAAGUGCAAAUAUACAAGUUAAAAACAGUUUAGCAGCACUGUAAAAAUAUGACUAAGGCUACGAUUUUAUG